AUGAUCCUAAGAAUAUUCUCACUGGAAGAUUUAAAAAACAUUCUUAGAAUAAAGUGUGCUAUCAGGGAUAAGGCUCCAAAUGGAUGCAUACGAUAUAUCGAUGUGGAUGAACACGGCCUGUCGCGAUUUGACCAACUACCAAUGGCGAUUGGUAUCGAACGCCAUAGACAAGUGCAGCCUGCCGAUUUUCGUGAAACUAGUUUUCGCCGAGAUCUGCAGAUGGCGCAGUUACACCAAGUCGUCAGAUACGACUUUGACGCACACUGUGAUGGAUUCGAUCAUGAUGCUGUUCGAAAUUGUCGAGAAAAAGAAUGCUUCCUAUUGUCAGGUGUUUCGUCCGCCAGGUAUGCUGUCACUUAUCACUUCACACUCUAUUACUUCCGUGACCGUAAGCACGGUCGAAUUUUGGUUUUUCACGCGCUGGCCUACAUUACGGCCGCCAAAAGCGGUCUCAGCGAGUCUGAACUGGAGGACCUGAUCUCGCUCGAUGACAAGGUACUGGACGAUGUGUACCAGUACCAUUUGCCUCCAGUAAGAAGAAUCCCGCCGCUGUUGUGGACGAGAAUCAGAAACGAUCUGCCCAACUAUUUGUCGGAAAGAGAGGCCGAUGGAGUAAGCGUCAUGAAUUGGUACCAUAGGCAGUUUAGAGAUACAGCAAAAGAAAGAUACUUUAAGAACAUGAACAUGGCAAUGUAUUUUCAUUCGAUGAUAGCAGAUUAUUUCUUGGGAAUAUGGGGUGGAGGAAAACCCAAGCCCUUCAAAUACACCGAAAUUCAAAGACAUAGGUUUAACCUGACAGAUAAAGAAGGAAUUGCAGACAGAAAAGUUCCCCUCCAACCUCUUGUUUUCUGUUCCAAAGAUGGAAAAAUUUCCCGAUACAAUUUAAGAAAGUUUGGUGAAUUACCAUAUCACCUAGUGCGAUCGAGAAGGUUCAAGGAUUUGUACGAAAACGUACUGUUUAACUAUGAAUGGCUGCACGCAAAAUUAUCAAGUUGUCCUUUGCAAUCCGUACUGGCCGACUACGAGGAUGCCAGCACCCACAUAGAAAAUAAAGAUUCUAAAAGAGAACUGAUGUUGGUCGCUGACGCUCUAAGAUUGGGGGGUGCAGUAUUGGGCCCCUACCCCAAGAUGCUUGCUCCGCAACUCAUCGGUCGACUUUUGCCAGAGGUGGAGUCCAACCCUAACAUAAAGAUGCUUCUUAACGAUUGCGACAUUAAGGGGCCCAUGCACUGCUCUCUUUUGCCGCUGUACCAUUGUCUUCACACUCCUGGUGGACCGCUUAAGUAUUCUUUGGAGGGUCACCAGUUCGCAGUUUUUUCGAUUUGUCUGACCUCCGAUUACAGAUACAUCGUGUCGAUUUCGAAUAGAUUCAUCACGUGGGACUUGUCGACCAGCGAUUUAACGAGGGACGUAAACCCAAACAUCGAAGGCAUCAUGCAACAUUUGGUUCUUAGCCCGGACAACAAAUGGGCUGCCGCUUAUACCAACAACAACCAGACUGUCCUCUUGAACAUGUUAUCUAGCGAAUUUGUCACUUUGGACAACCCAUUGCCGGAAGCUUGCACCGUAACAGGAAUUUUCUUGCUGAACCACAACCUCUUCGUGUACGGAACCGGAAGUUGGAUCAGAUUCGACAUGAGAGGAAACAAAGAAGACGAAUAUACCUCGUGUUUGAAUAAAAACGAGUGGUCUAUAUUGUUAAUGGAAUUUGACAGUAAAGAAGAAUACAGGAUUAUUUUUUGGAAAAACAGUUUGGAAGAUGAAAAUUUAAAAUUUUUAUAUCACUCUAUUAAUGGUGAUUUUAAAAUAUUGGACUUACACAGUGCUUUGGUACUGAACAAAGAAAAAAACAUCGUAUACGCAUGUACUACAGAGAACUCGUAUGCAGUUACAAAAUACAAGUUAAACGAAGAAUUAAAAAUUUGGGAUAAAAUCGAAGAUUUGCCCAAAAUAGAGAACGAAAGUGAAGCCAUUUUGCAACUGAAACUUAACUCGAAAGGAACUAUUUUAUAUGCAACCACCAGUAACGGUUUUAUAAUAUGGGAUCUAAACGAGGAGGAAAAAAUUGACACAGAGGCGAUUGUUUUAACUCUACCAUAUGGUACCAGAAACAUUACCACCAAAAUGUUGCAGUCCAAUUCUAUAAUGCUUAGUGGUCACAAGAAUUAUGCUAUUGCAGGAGUAAGAAAGAAUCUGUACGUAUGGGGAAUGCAAAACAGAUCGUUGAUGAAAAUUCUGGACGCCCAUUUUGGACGAAUAAUCCAGCUGGAAGCGCUGACCAUUGGAAAUUGGAACAGCAUCGUGACAUCGUCAAUCGACAGAACAGUUAAAGUGUGGAAUAUCAACAAUAUAUUCGAACAAGUACACGUGAUCGAUAGGCACGAGUUGCAAGUCGAUUCAAUUAGUUUGUCUGAUAAUUUGAGCCUGGCAGUGACAGCAACCAGAAACUGCGUAGGCGUGUGGGAUCUACGGAUUGGAAAAUUAGUUGCCAAAUUGGCCGACAGUCCUCUUGGCGCUAUCGUCACGCAUGCUAUUGUCACACCGGAUGGAAAAUACAUAAUUUCCGCGGAAACAGGAAACAUCCUAAUCUGGAUGAGAUUAACUCAACAGGUGAUAUUUAAGGACGAACAACCCGGUAUAAAACAACUGACCUUGAUUGAAGGCGGAACCAAGAUACUUUCCAUAUCGAAACCGAGCAAUCCACCGGGUUCAGAUCUGAUCAGAACGGUGGCCACGGUGUGCGUUAGAGAAAUACCCAGUGGGGAGAUGGUAUACAGCUUUGAAUACCCUGUAAGGAGUAUUACCGGGGUACCAUUUAGAAAUGUCGUAAUAACUUCCGACAAUUUACAUUUGGUCGCCUCAGCUGCCGACAAAACCAACAGGGACUGCCUUAUUGUACACAAUGCGCAAAACGGCGCUCUGGUGCACAAAAUUGCGCUCAAAAUGUGCGGUAUUAAGGAUAUAGCAGGACUUGUUGCAAUGCCACAUAAAGGCAAUCAAGUGGCCGUUAUGGCAACAGACAAAGGCGCCAUAGUCGACAUUAAAAACAAAAAACAUCUUAGGACGGUACCUAAAUGGGGAGGCAGCAUUACCAAAGAUGGAAAACAUGGACUUUUUGCUCCUUCGAGGGGUGGUUUGGAACUAUUGGAGCUAAAAAAGGGAAAUUCAGUUAAAACAUACAUCCCAAGAGUGGCAGAAGGAGUAUUUACAAUAAUAUGUUUGUUUAAUAAAACCGAUGAAUAUGUUUUGUACUAUCACAGUGGCAAAAAGACUCUAAGAGUUUUUAGAACUGAAGACGCGGAAAUGGUAGCUAACUACAGAGUACAAGCUGAACUGACAGCAGUGGAAAGUACCCCAGAUGGUAAGGCUCUGGUUCUUGGUACCAUAGAUGGAUGCGUAUCAGUUUUGGCAAUCGUGGACACUGAUAAAAACGAAAUGAACCAGUAUUUGGCCGAUAUGCCUUCUAGAGACGCUGGUUGGAAGAAAAAGGUGCAAAAAAUGAAGGCACAGACGAGAUUUAAGGCAAUCGGAUCGAUUGCUAGGUUGUCAGCGGCAUUUGCGGCGGAUAGUAAUGGAAAUAACGCGAAUGGGCCUAAAGAAAAGGAGGAGAAGGUUUCUGAAAGCACUGAAGAUUCUCAGCAAAUGAACGAACUCCUUUCUACAGCUUAGUUGUCGUGUGAGACGCGAUAUAAAACGGAAAUAUAUUUAUAAAUAAAUUACCUAUUUUUCAGUUUUCAAAUUUAUACCUACAUAUUUAUUAUGUACCUAUGCAUGUAUAAUAGGUAGUAUGUUUUGUAAGCUAUAUAUGUGUAUGCAGAAUAACUGUUACUCAUGAAAUAGUCUUGUCAAAAUUUAAUACCAUUCGGGCAUCUAACUUUUCCUGUGAUUAUUUCCCUCAAUAUAAUAUGAACCAAUCAAAAGCCUUCAAUUUUCGAAUAAAUUUCGUUUAAAUAAGCGAUUAAAUCACUAGACCUUUUUAACAGCGAUUAAAUUUUAGCCUCCAUAUUGGAUUUUUGUUUACGAUUUUAUGGUGUUAUUUACAAGUUUUAACAAACAUUUUUUAAAAAACAUUAAAAAAUAAGUUAUCUAGUUUACGAAAUAUCAAUUAUUACUUAUUACAUACCUUAAAUUAAUGGAAUUUUCUUUAAAAAAAUAUUUAUAAAUUUUGACACAUACGUCAGAUUUUAUGAAUGGUCAAAUAGUUUCCUUUAAUUCGACAAAUAAUCUAGACGUAUAUCACUCAACCUAUAA